GCAGCGUUAGCUGUUGGUAUAUGUGGAGUUAGCUUGAAGAUGACGGUGUAGUCGUAUCGCAGGUAAAUAUUUCAGUGGUAACUAAGCAACAAUGUCUUCAGUUCAGUAUCUGAGAGAGUUUGUCAACGAGCGACUAACUGCUGCUGCUGAAGAAAUAUUCGGAGUCUUUGAACAAACUAUCGUCGAGUACGAGGAAGAGAUCGAAGCGUAGACAGAUGGAUAUCGUUUGGAAACCCAAAAUAAAGCUACACAGGACAGAGCUCCCACAGCAUCAUGUCUGUAAGGAGGAGGAGGUUCUCACUGACCAGCAGCUCUGUGACCAGGAGAGGAACUCCAGUCUGGACCAGGAGGACCCAGAGCCUCCACAGAUUAAAGAGGAAGAGGAGGAACUCUGCACCAGUCAGGAGGGAGAGCAGCUUGUACUGAAGCAGGAGACUGAUACCUUGAUGUUGACUCCUACUAAUGAGGAAAGUGACCACCAGCUCCUUUCUCACAACUGUAACACUCAGACAGAGCUCCCACAGCAACAUGUCUUUAAGGAGGAGGAGGUUCUCACUGACCAGCAGCAGUUUAACAAGGAGAGGAACUCCAGUCUGGACCAGGAGGACCCAGAGAUUAAAGAGGAAGAGGAGGAACUCUGCACCAGUCAGGAGGGAGAGCAGCCUGUACUGAAGCAGGAGACUGAUACCUUUAUGUUGACUCCUACUAAUGAGGAAAGUGACCACCAGCUCCUCUUUCACAACUCUCCUGUAGCUGAGAGCCAAGAUCAGAAAGGAAGCAAGGAUGUAGACCCAGAAUCAAAGAGUCACUUUAACACUCAGACAGUUAAAAAGUCUUUCAAAUGUGAAACUUGUGAAAAAGAUUUUAAGUGUAAAUCCCAACUGAACAUACAUAUGAGAAAACACACAGGUGAGAAGCCGUACCACUGCAACACCUGUGGGAAAUAUUUCAGGCAGAUAUCAUCACUGAAUGUACAUCUAAGAACCCACUCUGAUGAGAAGCCAUACACCUGCAGCACCUGUGGGAAAAGAUUCUCCCAGAAAGCAAAUUUGCAUAAGCACAUAACAACUCACACAGGUGAGAAACCUUAUUCUUGUGAAACAUGUGGGAAACUUCUCACAUCUAGUUUGGGUUUGUUGAUCCACAUGAGAACCCACACAGGUGAAAAGCCUUACCUUUGCAAGACCUGUGGGAAAAGAUUUACAUCCAUGUCAAUAUGGACAACUCACAUGAGAAUCCAUACAGGCGAGAGGCCGUACUUGUGCAAAACAUGUGGUAAAGGUUUCAAAUGUGAUCCUGCCCUGAAAGUCCACAUGAGAAUCCACACAGGUGAGAGGCCAUAUUCCUGUGAAACAUGUGGGAGAAGUUUCAUUACUAAAGAGGGUAUGAUGGCCCACAGGAGAACUCACACAGGUGAGAAGCCAUUCCUCUGCAACACCUGUGGGAAAAGUUUCCGUCAUACAAAAACUCUUAAUGAUCACAUAAGAAUCCACACAGGUGAGAAGCCAUAUUUUUGCGAGACUUGUGGGAAAACUUUCAGACUUGGUGGUGAAUUGGCAGUCCACAUCAGAACCCACACAGGUGAGAAACCGUACCUUUGCAAGACAUGUGGGAAAAGGUUUCGUGCCAAGUCAGCACUUAAUUCCCAUGUAAAAAUCCACACAGGUGAAAAACCAUAUUCGUGUGAGACUUGUGGGAAAACUUUCAGUUUUAGUAGUCAUUUGAGAGUCCACAUUAGAAAACACAGUGAGAAGCCGUGCCUUUGCAAGACCUGUGGAAAAAGAUUUUGUAGAGAGUCAGUAUUGAAACAACAUACAAUGAUCCACACUGGUGAAAAACCAUAUUCUUGUGAGACAUGUGGUAAAGCAUUCAGACAAAGUAGUGUUUUGACAGUCCAUAUGAGAAUUCACACAGGUGAGAGGCCAUACUCCUGCAACACCUGUGGGAAGAGUUUCAAGCAGCAAGCAAACUUGCAAAACCACAUACGGCUUCAUACAGGUUAAAGGUGUAGGAGACAUGUAGGAGAGCUUUCGGCUUAGGGGUGAACUGAAAGUCCAUAUGAGAGGAGCGCACAUUGGAGAGAAACCACAUCACUGCAAAACCUGAGGGAAAAGAUACUUCAUGUGUUUCAGUUGGGAAGGCAUUUAAGAUCACAUCCAGGAAAGUAGUUUGAUUUGUAAAAUAUGAGGGAGGAUACAAUUUUUGUGAUUCAGAGAUAAGACACAAGAACCCACGGAAGUGAAGAGCCACAUAAUUGCAGUUCUUCUGAGAAAAGUUUUUCUCAAAUCACACAGUUGGAAAAACAUCUGAGAGUUUACACAGGAGAAACCAUCAGGAUGUAUCUUGUUUGGCGAAGAGUUCACCAACUGAAUCAAAUACACUUUGCAAUAAAUACAUCUCUUUAAUAUAAUGUAUAACAUUUUCCACCGGAAAGAGGUCACAAUAUCUUAGUUUAAUGUAGUACAGUGUCAACUAGGGGUGAUCAAUUAAUCAAAUUUUAUUUUUGAUUACGAUUUUGGCCUCCAACAAUUAUAAAAACAAGAUAUAAUCGAGGGAAAAUUAUAAUUUUGCCGCAAUCCAUUUCUCAACAAAUUUCAACCCGUCUACAAAUGUUUGUUGUUGCAACAUAAAAGUUUUCUUCCACAAUCACCAACUCUGUUUCUGAUUAAGACAUACGUCUAUGAUGCAUUUUUGCUGUUCACUACGCAGAGGUAGGGAUAGUAUAGCAUAGUUCCUACGAGUAUAAAUGAUUGGCCUCACAAGUUGAUGUUAAUUUUUUUAAUUUUAUGUUCUAUCAAAGGUAUUCAGGUGGACUGUGAGUUGUGUGACAUUGAAGUUAACUUCUAGUGCUGUACAAUCACCUAUGUUGUCAUCCCACCAACUAGAGUCUUUACUUUUUUGUUUAGAGCCAUUUCCUUUCAUUUUAUAUUUACAUGUAUUUUUUUAUUUAAUUAAUCUGAUAUAAUUUUGUUCUUUCACACUUUAGAGGUGACACACAGAUUAAAAAAUGUACAAAAUGAACUACAUGUUUCUGUAAAAUGUGCUAUAUAAGGAAACUGACUUGUUUUUGUGAUAGAUAGAUUGUUGAUAGUAAAAAAUGUUUUCAGUGCUGGUUAUUUAGACUGAUGUUUCCACAUUGAUGGAUUGUAGUCAUAGUGAAGAGGAGUUGUUUUCAGAGUUCAAUUAUAACACACAACAGGUGUUUUAGUGUUGUAGCUCACCUGCUGUAAGUGAACUUAUAGUUUGAUAUGAUACAGUUUGGUAAUGUGAUCAAUGUAAGUGCCUCAUAUUAAGCAAUCAUACUAAAAGGGAUGGAAUAUAACUGAUUACAUUUACUCAA